CAGGAGGGGAAGACAACAACAACAACAACAACAACAACACAAAAUAGGUGCGGGAAAAGGCCAACACGGUGCGACAGGGAGAGAGAGAGGAGAGAGAGAAAAAGCUCACUCACCGGUUCUCUGAUGUACCGUCGCGUGGUCCUCGAACACUCCUCCACACUCAGGCGGACGACAGCCGCUCCAACACCGGGCGAACCGGAGUGAAACCGCCGACCCCCAGCGGGUAGAACGCGCCUCCGCUUUUCUGGCGGCAAAUGGGGACACUCCUCCGCCCCUGGCAGCGGCUCUACCGCUCCGGGCGGUCGGAGAGUUUCUUCCCUCCUCCCCUCGCGGACGGCGGUCUUCCCUCGACCCCUCCGCGUCUCUGGGGACGGCAGGGCACUCCUCCGCCCCCGGCAGCGGCUCCCUCGCUCCAGGCGGUCGGGGUAUCCAGUCCCCACUUGCCCCGCGGACGACGGCCGUACCCCGCAUCCGGGCGGUCGGGCUACUCCGUCACCCGGCAGAUGGCAGCGGCGCUCCCCUGGGUGGACGGCAGUGUCGAGGACUCUGCGACGGGCAUCCCUCCUCCUUCCCGGGUUUUGGCACCAAUGUAACACGCGCCCAAAGGAAGGGACGGAAACAAGUCUCUGCUUAAGGGCAGUUCUUUCCACUGUGGGCAACUUGCUGGUUCUUGUCAUGGCAUACAAGCGGUCAACCCACAUGAAACCCCCUGAGUUGCUGAGUGUGAAUCUCGCCGUGACCGAUCUGGGAGCUGCUGUCACCAUGUACCCUCUGGCUGUAGCCUCAGCGUGGAACCACCACUGGAUAGGAGGAGACAUCACCUGUGUCUAUUAUGGCCUGAUGGGAUUCUUCUUUGGAGCAGCUAGCAUGAUGACCCUGACCAUUAUGGCUAUAGUUCGCUUCAUUGUGUCUUUGACACUCCAGUCUCCCAAGGAGAAAAUCAGCAAAAGGAAUACAAAGAUCCUUGUGGUGACCACAUGGCUGUAUGCUCUGCUGUGGGCUCUGUUUCCUCUUAUUGGCUGGGGUAAAUACGGCCCAGAGCCCUUCGGCCUAUCCUGUACACUGGCCUGGAGAGACAUGAAGGAACACAGCCAGUCGUUUGUCAUCACCAUCUUCCUCAUGAACCUGGUCAUGCCGGCCAUCAUCAUCAUCUUGUGCUACUCUGGCAUUGCGGUGAAACUAUAUGUCACCUACAAGUCUAUGGAGGACAGCAAUCGCAUACCCAACAUGAUAAGGAUGCAGCGCCGUCUAAUGGUGAUCGCAGUGUUGAUCAGUGUCGGGUUUAUCGGCUCUUGGGCACCAUAUGGAAUCGUCAGCCUGUGGUCCAUCUACCGCCCUGGUGAUUCAAUCUCGCCUGAGGUCAGCAUGCUACCCUGCCUGUUCGCCAAGACUUCCACUGUAUAUAACCCCUUCAUCUACUACGUCUUCAGCAAGACCUUCAAACGAGAAGUUAACCAGUUGGGUCGCCUGUGUGGCAGAUCCAACCUGUGCCGUACCUCUGAUGCCAAAAACGUCCCGGAGAAUACCAUCUACAUGGUAUGUGAUGCAGACAAGUCCAAACAGGGAAGAGAGAACCAAUCAUUUGGGAAGAGCAGAGAGGUUGAAACUCAACUUUUGCCAUAUGAAUAGGAUCCAUAAUGUGCGCUCCAAUGGGUGGAUCUGUACAGAACAUGGUUUAAAGGAAUUUGCUAGCUAUAUUUGCCUGAUUUAAGGUGAAUGAAGAACAAAAAAGUCAGUUUACUUUUUUUGUGUCCUUUGUCAUUGUUAAAACUGAAAUACCACUCCAUAUCUUCACAUUUGGAGAGUUAAAUCGGGAUUCAUUUAAGUGGCUUAGCACAAGGCUUAGCACAUUGCUAUGUGGCACAGUUAGCAAGGGGUUCAGGUGUUUUAUCUUGGUGGCUUUGAUAAAAAAAAAUUUUCAUUGGCACAUCACAUCACACCUCAAAAGGAGGUGCAUCUUUGCUUUUAAGUUAAUAAUGCAGUCUCUAGAGCUUUAUAUCAGCAUGCAAAAUAAGUGUGUUUCAAGACAAAUUUAUUAAAAGCGUAGUUCAACCAAAUAUAAAAAUGUCAUUAUUUACUUACCCCUAACCCUGUAUAAUUAUCUUUCUUCUGUGAAACACAAAAGAAGAUGUUAGCAGAAUGUAUGAGCUUUAUUGUUCAUUACAAGAAAAUUGGAUAGUAGUUUGUACUUUCGAGCUCGAAAAUUGACUAUUUUUUUUAUUUAUUUUUUUUUAAGUUGUCCAUAUGAUUUGUGCGCUAUAUUCUACAGAGGCCCUCUAGAGGACAAGGAGGGGACUUAUCUUCUGCAAUAGCUUUGCAAUCCUUCACAAAAAGUAUUGCGUUCCCUAGCAACAGUUUGCGUUCGCUUACAAUAUGUUUUGUGCUCCCUCACAAUUAUUAAAAGCCCAUCCAUUAUAAAAAUGAUGUAAUUAUUAAAAAACUUUACAUACAGUACAUUUACAUUUAGUAUUACAACCAGAAAACACACACACACACAAACCCACAAUAAACUAUUGUAUUUGAGGUAACCACAAAAAUUACCAUUGUUUUAUUACAGUAAUAAUAGUUCAACCAUAAUAUUUGUAAUAAAACCAUAACCACAUAUGGUAGUGAUUAUUAAUAGCAUAGUUUUGAUUUUCCUGUAUUAUUACUAUGGUUUUACUACGAACAUCAUAGUUCAACUAUGGUUACAGUAGUAAAACUAUGGUUUAUUUUUAUAAAGGAUGGAUAAAGUCUAUUUGCUAUUGCGAAGGCAAAAAUCUUUAUGAGGGAACUGUAAUUUUCAAAGUCUUCAGAAGCCACACAAUAGAUUUUUGUGAGGAACAGACCAAAAUUUUAAUUGUCAUUCACUGAUAAUCUUCCUUUCUUAUUGAACACUCAAAUCUCAUUAACACUUGCGUUCAAUUAUAAAGUAUUACCUUUAGACACACAUUUCAGGUUUGAUGUCACUUAAGCCAAAGAGCAUUGAUUCUUGCAUUGUAAGAUAAAAUAAGCGAACAUUAAUUUGUUGUUGAUUGAAAAUGACUCAUUUGGACUCCUUUUAGAACUUGGCAGUACAAAGCAUCAUCCACUCUUGUUAUAGGGUCAAGAGUAGCUUAGACAUUCAGCCUAAUAUCUAAUUUUGUUUUUCAAAAUAGAAAGAAAAUAAUAUAGGUUCAGAAUGGCAUUAGGGUAAGGGGACAUUUAUAUAGAAUGCGUUCUUGCGCUAAAAAAGCUAGAUUUAGCACAACAAAUAGAAUAGAUAGUGAAUAGAAUCGAAUGCUUGUAAAAGUUGAAAUUCUAGACAAGGCGUCUUAAACAUCAUGAUGCAGUGCAAGUGCUAGUGAAAGAUGUCUGUAUAAUGCAUGUUUACAUAGACAGUGCAGUUGAGCGCAAAUACGGGUUUGGUGAUCUAAAUGGUGACAAAAUGUUCAUUUUGGGGUGAAACAUUCCUUUUACAUUUAAACAUAUUCCUAGUUAUUUUAUUUAUCGCCAUGUUUCUGAAGUGUCCACAUUUUAUCAUAUUAAAUGAAAACGUGUUGAAUUGUUAAUUUAAUCUGUUUGUUUGUUUGUUUGUUUGUUUGUUUGUUUGUUUGCUAUAAGGUGGCAAAUGAAAUGUGUUAUGAAUGUUUAAGGUGUCCAAACUUACCACACAACUAAACCGACCUCAGAAAAGAAAAACAUCUAACCAAAGAACAUGCAGAUGCUUUACAAGGGGAUAGUUCACCUAAAAAUUAUAAUUCUGUCAUCAUUUACUCACCAUCGUGUUGUUUCAAACCCAUGAGUUACUUUAAAAAAAAAAGGUAUUUCUAAUUUCUAAGCUUCUCUUAUCCACACAUUGAAAUUAAGUGGUGACCAUGACUGUCCCCACUACCUUUUGAUUGCAUGUAAAAUAGCAGCUUGGACAUUCUUCUAAACAACAUGAAGGUGAAUAAAUGACAAAACAAAGAUAUUUGGGAUGAACUAUCCCUAUAAUAGUGCUGUUUCCAUUUGCUUAAAUGGCUUUACUCACAUGCUAGUUUGUGGUUAUUACUAGUUACAUCCUAAGGUGCUGCAAAACCACAGUUCUUCUUCUCUUUAUAUUGCCCUCAGUGGAAAGGAACAGACAUUUCCAUUCCAUUGUGCUUCCCACCACAAAGAGUUUCUUCACUGGUUCACAUAGGCAGUUCUCAACCUCCUUGAAGCACAUGAUGUUCUGUUAUAAAAUGAUACUUAUACCCUCUUUAAUAAUUAUAGCCUCUGGAACCGAACAUAUAAAUAUUUUAUUGGUUAAGCGGGACACGUGUUUUUAAACAUGCUGUUUCAUACUGUUAGAAGAUUAUUUAUUUUUUACAUUUCAGAUGAAUAUGAAUUAUUAAUAAAGGUGUGAUUCAGUAUUAAAACCAAAAGGUUUCUUCUGAACCUUGAAUAACACAUUAUUGCAAAUAGCUUUUUUUUCUUCAGGAAUAUACUCUCUUUAGCCUUCUAAGUUGGCUAAGAAUGACAAUAUCUUUUUUUUAAGCUGCAUGGAACAAUGUUAUUCAGUCAACCAACAACUAUUU